AUGGCCACCCCCUCUACACCAAGCCACCGAGCAGACAGCCGUCAACCGUCGUCCACGCAAGGCGGUGCCUCGUCGCAACCAACGCCUGCGAACAAUUCCGGCGGGGGAUCCGGAUGGGGAGACCCUGGGUUUUUCAAGGGGGGAAGUAACGGGCAUGAAGGGGCAGGUCAUGCUCCGGCCCUCAAUGCCCGGUCCACGAUCGGCGGAUUCCUAGGUCUUACAGAUCAAAAAACGGAAGCAGAGAAACACUACCAGGGCCGGUUCGACCAGGCGACUGGCGUCAGGGAGAAGACGAAGAGCGGGGCCCCAACCUGCGAGAGCGAGGAUCACAGCUUCAUGGAGCAUCGGCCUGGGUGUUCUGCUACCUUGCCGGGAUGGGAUGCUGCCAAGUCGGUUGUUAAUACGUAA